UAAAAAUAAAAAGGGGCCACCCACAUCUCUCACUCGGGCAUCAAGAAGCCCUUUCUGAAGUUGCCCUUCAGACGAGAGAAUCCCUAAAAAGGCCCUAUUUUCCUCUGCCACUCUCAAUCCUCCCAGGUACUAAUGUAAUCUUGUUAUUUAUUUUUAUUUUUCUGCAACCCCGUUUGAUUCCCAAGAAAAUCCAUCCCCCAUUCGUUUUCCGGGAAAGUUCAUCCUCGUUUGAUUUCCGAGAAAAUCCAUGCAAAACCCCCAAGGAAAACCAGAAAGAUUGCCUUUUUUUUUUUUUUUGCUUCCUGUGUUUUCUGGAUCUGUUCUAGGGGUCGCUUUGCUUUUGUAUCGCCGGCCACCGAAACCAGAAAUUUCGGCGAAAUUUCGGCGAAAACAAUGGAAACUUUCAUCCUUGAGUCAGUGUGGACAGCAAUAAAGCAAUUUGAUUGCUUGUUGUGCAGAGUCUGCAGACACGCCCAUGUGACACUGCCUUUCCCUGAUUGCUUUAUUCAUUCAAGAUAUGCCAAAAGCAUGCAUUGUAUUUUUUUGCUUUUUCUUUUUCUUUUUUCUUUCAUUGUUUCAAUACUAAUGGACAAUUCUUCUCAAUAAUUUGUGGAAGUUCUUAAAGAACCCUUCUUCUUUUUUUGUAAUUUCAUUGUGAGCAAAGGUGAUAUUUUGAUUGUAGAAGGGUGGACAAGUAAUUAGACCCAUCUCAUAUAAUUAAGAGCAAGUUUUGAGAGUGCAGAGGCCUUCAUAACUCUCUGGGUUUUCCUCAUUGUAUGUUUCUGAACUUCUGAAUCCUUCGUUUCCAAAGAAAAAUGGUUGUGGUGGAGGCGUUUCUGUCUUCCUUGUUUGAGGUGGUGCUGGACAAGCUGGUGGCUGCCCCUUUGUUAGAUUAUGCACGCCAGCUCAAAGUUGACACAGCAGUGCUCCAGGAGUGGAGGAACACUUUGUUGCAUCUCCAAGCAGUGCUGCAUGAUGCUGAGCAGAGGCAGAUUCGGGACGAAGCAGUGAAGAGGUGGCUGGACGAUCUCAAAGCUUUAGCUUACGACAUUGAAGAUGUCCUUGACGAGUUUGAAGCUGAAGCUAAGCGGCCCAGUUUGGUACAAGGACCUCAAACCAGCAGCAGCAGCAGCAGCGGCAAGGUAUGGAAGUUCAACCUCUCUUUUCAUCUUAGCGGUGUGAUUUCCAAAAAGGAGAUUGGUAAAAAAAUAAAGAUAAUCACCCAGGAGCUAGAGGCUAUUGUAAAAAGAAAGUCUGGUCUUCAUUUCAGAGAGGGUGAUGGAGGAGUGUCAUCAGUGACUGAACAAAGGUUGACUACUUCUUUGGUGGAUGAGGUUGAGGUUUAUGGUAGGGAGGGUGAUAGGGAGAAGAUCAUGAAACUAUUGCUAUCUGAUGAAGUGGCUACUGCUGAUAAAGUUCAGGUGAUUCCAAUUGUUGGUAUGGGUGGGGUUGGAAAAACAACCCUCGCUCAAAUAAUCUAUAACGACAAGAGGGUGGGGGACAAGUUCGAUUUCAGACUCUGGGUGUGCGUAUCUGAUCAGUUUGACUUGGUAGGAAUAACAAAAGCAGUUUUAGAGUCGGUCCCUGAACAUUCAUCUAAUAAUUCUAACACCUUGCAAUCACUACAACAUAGUCUGCAGAAAGAGUUGAAUGGAAAAAGGUUUUUCCUUGUGCUGGAUGAUAUAUGGAAUGAGAACCCCGAUAACUGGAGUACCUUACAAGCUCCACUCAAAGCUGGAUCACAGGGCAGUGUAAUCAUAGCAACCACCCGCAAUGAAAAAGUAGCAUCAAUUAUGGGCACAACUCCUUUUUGUCGUCUUAGCGAACUAUCAGAUGAACAUUGCUGGUCAGUAUUUGCAUAUCGUGCUUUUGAAAAUAUAACUCCAGAUGCAAUAAAAAAUUUGGAACCUAUUGGUCGGAAAAUAAUACAGAAAUGCAAAGGUUUGCCCUUGGCAGCAAAAACGCUAGGAGGUUUAUUGCGGUCUGAACAAGAUGAAAAGGCUUGGAAGGAAAUGAUGAAUAACGAAAUAUGGGAUUUACCAAUGGAACAGAGUAACAUUCUUCCAGCUCUACACUUGAGCUAUCAUUAUCUCCCCAAAAAAGUAAAGCAGUGCUUUGCAUAUUGCUCCAUCUUUCUCAAGGAUUAUGAAUAUCAAAAGGAGGAGUUAAUUUUGUUAUGGGUGGCACAAGGUUUUGUGGGUGGCUUCAAAGGAGAGGAGAUGAUAGAAGAUGGUGAAAAAUGUUUUCAGAACCUAUUGUCAAGGUCAUUCUUUCAACAAUCAAGUCAAAAUAAGUCAUUGUUUGUGAUGCAUGAUUUGAUUCAUGAUUUGGCCCAAUUUGUAUCCAGAGAAUUUUGUUUCAGAUUGGAAGUGGGAAAGCAAAAAAACUUUUCAAAGAGGGCUCGACAUUUGUCAUACAACCAUGAAGAAUUUGAUGUCUCCAAGAAAUUUGAUCCCCUUCAUAAGGUUGAUAAGUUACGGACCUUCCUACCAUUAGGUAUGCCUGCUCAUGUUUCAACUUGCUACUUAGCUAAUAAAUUUCUACAUGCUCUAUUGCCAACAUUCAGAUGUUUGCGGGUUUUAUCCUUGUCUCACUAUAAUAUCACUCAUUUGCCUGAUUCAUUUCAAAAUUUGAAGCAUUUGCGGUAUUUGAACCUUUCUAGCACCAAGAUACAGAAGUUACCUAAAUCCAUAGGUAUGCUUUGCAAUUUGCAAUCACUGAUGUUGUCAAAUUGUCAUGGGAUUACCGAGUUGCCUUCUGAAAUCAAAAACCUCAUCCACCUACAUCAUUUGGAUAUUUCUGGAACAAAAUUAGAAGGGAUGCCAACAGGAAUCAAUAAACUAAAAGAUCUUCGAAGAUUGACUACUUUUGUUGUUGGCAAGCAUAGUGGUGCAAGAAUUGCAGAGUUACAAGAUCUGUCCCACCUGCGGGGAGCGCUCUCCAUUUUUAACUUGCAAAAUGUGGUGAAUGCUACGGAUGCUUUAAAAGCUAAUUUGAAGAAAAAGGAAGACCUUGAUGACUUGGUGUUUGCGUGGGAUACAAAUGUGAUUGAUAGUGAUUCGGAUAAUCAAACCAGAGUUCUCGAAAAUCUUCAGCCUCAUACCAAGGUGAAAAGGCUCAACAUUCAACACUACUAUGGCACAAAAUUUCCAAAAUGGCUAGGAGAUCCUUCAUUCAUGAAUUUAGUUUUCUUACAACUUGAAGAUUGUAAAAGUUGCUCGUCCUUGCCACCACUUGGGCAGUUACAAUCUCUCAAGGAUCUCCAGAUUGCGAAGAUGGAUGGAGUACAAAACGUUGGUGCAGAUUUCUAUGGGAAUAAUGAUUGUGACUCAUCUUCAAAGAAGCCGUUUGGAUCCCUAGAGAUUCUGAGGUUUGAAGAGAUGUUAGAGUGGGAGGAAUGGGUUUGUCGUGGAGUUGAAUUCCCUUGUUUGAAGGAGCUUUAUAUCAAGAAAUGUCCAAAGCUGAAAAAGGAUUUACCCAAACACCUUCCUAAAUUAACAAAACUUAAGAUUAGUGAAUGCGGGCAGCUGGUGUGUUGUCUUCCAAUGGCUCCCUCCAUUCGUGAAUUGAUGUUGGAGGAAUGUGAUGAUGUGGUGGUUAGGAGUGCGAGCAGUCUCACCUCGUUGGCUUCUUUGGAUAUAAGGGAAGUUUGUAAAAUACCAGAUGAAUUGGGCCAACUGCAUUCUCUUGUACAGUUAUCUGUGUGUUGUUGUCCCGAGCUAAAGGAAAUUCCACCCAUUCUUCACAGCCUUACCUCUCUUAAAAACUUGAACAUCCAGCAAUGUGAGAGUCUUGCAUCUUUUCCGGAGAUGGCGCUGCCACCCAUGCUUGAAAGGCUUGAAAUCAUAGACUGUCCCACUCUGGAGUCCCUACCAGAGGGAAUGAUGCAAAAUAAUACGACUCUCCAACACUUGUCCAUCGAGUAUUGUGAUUCUCUAAGGUCCUUGCCCAGGGACAUUGAUUCAUUGAAGACACUUUCAAUCUACGGGUGUAAGAAAUUGGAGUUAGCACUCCAGGAGGAUAUGACACACAACCACUACGCUUCCCUUACCAAAUUCGUGAUAAGUAAUUGUGAUUCUCUCACGUCCUUUCCAUUAGCUUCCUUCACAAAGCUUGAGACGCUUCAUUUAUGGCAUUGUACAAAUCUGGAGUCCCUUUACAUUCCAGAUGGACUUCACCACAUGGAUCUCACAUCUCUCCAGAUAUUGAAUUUUUAUAAUUGCCCUAAUCUGGUAUCUUUUCCGCAAGGGGGAUUGCCUACUCCUAAUCUGACAUCUCUUUGGAUAAGUUGGUGCAAGAAGCUCAAGUCACUGCCCCAAGGGAUGCACUCCCUCCUUACAUCCCUUGAAAGAUUGAGAAUAGAAGGUUGUCCAGAAAUUGAUUCAUUUCCAAUAGAGGGUUUGCCCACUAAUCUAUCUGAUCUUGACAUCAGGAAUUGUAACAAACUCAUGGCCUGUCGGAUGGAGUGGCACUUGCAAACGCUUCCCUUUCUUAGCUGGUUAGGGGUUGGAGGACCUGAAGAAGAAAGAUUGGAGUCAUUUCCCGAGGAGCGGUUUCUGCCCUCCACUCUCACCUCUCUUAUAAUUGACAAUUUUCCAAAUCUGAAAUCCCUGGACAAUAAGGGCCUUGAGCACCUGACCUCUCUUGAAACUCUGUCGAUUUACCGCUGUGAAAAGCUCGAGUCCUUGCCAAAACAGGGGUUGCCCUCCUCCCUUUCUCAUCUUUAUAUUCUUAAGUGUCCUUUGUUGGAGAAGCGAUGCCAAAGGGAUAAAGGGAAAAAAUGGCCCAACAUUUCUCACAUUCCCUGCAUCGUGAUAUUUAAUGAAAAGGGUUUCUCAUAUGAAGAGGUGAUCUUGUCAUGAGGCACUUGCAUCCAAACUCUUGCCUUUCUAUGCAAUUAUUAAUUCAGUUUUUUAAUACGAUUUUCUAGACAAAAUGUUACAGGGCAACAAUCAUUUUCUUAGCAGUUUGAUGUUACAUGGACUGUAAAACUAUCCAUGUCAUGAAGAAUUUUUUAUGCUUGAGUGUGUACUAUCUUGUUAUUGAUUGAGGGAGCAAUUGGUGGGAGCAAAUGGAAAGAUCUACCUGGUAAAGCCUUUGUAGACAAAUCAUCCCUUCACAAAUAUUACAAUUCAGAUCCUUUGGAGUAGUUAGAAGUGAUGAAGCCUUCAAACACAGUGUAUUCAUAGCUACAGAGUGCCCUGUUUUCACAUAGGUACAAAUUAUUCCACAAUCCCACUUUCUCAAAUGUUCGUUUUUUUUCUUACAACAAUAAUUCACAUAUAUGAGUUUCAACUGAAGUUAACUUGAUUUAUAUUUCAUCUCUAUGAAUAAGCAAAAACCUGAAUUAACAAAUGUGGGAACAAUUAGCCAAUCUCAUUGGUUUGGUUGCUGAGGAUUGUCUUCUUUAGAGUUUUGACAUUAUGCUUGCUCCUGAAUUCUCCAUGGUGACACCAUCAAUAUCUAUUCCUUGACUUUGCUCCAUGUGAAAGCUUUCAACUCAUUGGAGCAACUACUAAAGGAUUGUACUUGUGGGUUCUUCAGCUCAAGUCCUUGCCAAAACAGGGGUUGCCCUCCUCCCUUUCUCGUCUUUAUAUUCCAGGAUGUCCUCUGCUGAAGAAGCUAUGCCAAAGGUAUAAAAGGAAAAAAUUGCCCAACAUUUCUCACAUCCCCUGCAUUGUGAUACUUGAUGAAAUUGAUUCCUCAAUUGAAGAGGUCAUCUGGACAUAAGGCCCUUGCAUCCAAGCUUUUGCCUUUCUCUGCAAUUAUUGAUUCAGUAAGUAUUUUAUGUUUUUAUUUACUUUUUGUGCAAUCCAUGCACACCAAGUUUGUGAAUCAUUCUCUUUUACCAAUCAAUUCCAUCUCACCAUAGACCUUCCAUGGCUGCUCCAGAAUUGAAACCAGUAUUUUAAACUCUAAUACAAAAACAAAGCAAAGUACUGCUGCUUGAAAAUUAGUUUUAUUUUUUAAUUAAAUAAAUAUUAAAUGUGUGUAGUAGUUUUAAAUUUCUUUCUUUUUUUUAAAAUAUCUUUAGUAGUUAUAUAGCAAAACAGAAAAAGAAAUUUUCAAGGAUUUUUGAAUAAUUUUUUUGUGAUUUUCUAUGAUUUAUUUUAUGUUUACAAAAGAGGCAUGUUUUAUUGAUAAAUUUUAAAAUAAAAGAUCAAAAUACCCUACCAAAAUACAUUUUUGAAAUUGUUUUCAAAUUAAAAUAUUAUAACUGUAUGAUAGAAACACCUACCAUGGCAUCAUAUUUCAUAUGGCUUUGAAAUUAUCUACAGGUAGAAAUUGGAUGAGUAGGACUUUUCUACCUGUGUUUGUGACUGUGACUGUGGAUGCUUAUUUCUAGGUUAUUUUCAACAUGUGACUGUGUUUGUGGAUGCUUAUUUCUAGGUUAUUGUGGUGCUUGAAUGGAGACUGGUGGUUGGAAGUUGAUGUCAAAUCACCAAGACAUGAAAAUAUAUGGAUGCUAUACUCAUUGUAUAGACUUUUCACUUCUCCUCUGUCUUGCAUGGCACUUGGGUAUGCUCUUUUGCAUAGGGAGAGCUUAUGCAUGGUAGAAAAGCUCUCUUCUUGUUAGUGGGUCCAUUAACUGACUUAUAACUAUGAGAAAUAAAAAUAUAAGAUAAAUAACGCAUCAUAUCUCAUAUCGUUCUGAAAUUACCUGCAGGUGAAAGUUAGGCAGAUUUUUGUUGCCUUCCUAAGUUUUGUUGUUGCUAUAAAACCAUGUGUAAGUAGCUUCUACUUUUGGUAACUUAACAUGAGACUAGCUUUAAUGGAUGGAUUGAAAAUUAUUCUGGGUUUCAACUUUAUUACUGCACUCAUAAAAAUCUAGAUAGUUUGUGAAUUGCAAGUUGAUGUUUGUCUUAAUAGCUUAAUUUUCAGAUAUUAAAAAAAAAUCCACUGUAUUUCCCAAAAAUAUCUUGACAGAGCUAGAAGUAGGAGAAGCUAGAGAGAUAGGGGAAGAACCAAAGUCCAGAAUUAUGGGCAUGAAGGAGGAGAUGAAGCCCUUGUUGGUUUCAUAUAAAAUAACAAUGGUAAUACUAGAAAUACAAAGUUUUAUUGGAAUUAUAAAAGAACUUAGGGAAAAAGAUACAUCUUUUAGAUUUGGAAAAGCAAUUCCCUACUCUCCAACUUUCAAACUUUUACUGGUUCACUUCAAAAUCAAGCAUACGAUUUUGUUCACAACCAAGUUAAUUGCAUUUCAAUAUUGUAGGCUUCUGGCUUAAAUACAAAUCUCUUGGCUGUCAAAUAAGCUUUGCUGCUUUAAUUGAUCUAUGUCUCUGGAGUUUCAUGCCGACUUUGUGUGGCAGGGGACCAAAACAUUCUUCCUGCCCUUUGAAGAAGCCCAAACAGAGUUACCCUGAUCAGGAUGUGAAUGAGUGAAGACUUUGGUCCUGAAAAGUGUUGCAAAUGUGGUGAAGAAUCACUAGCACUCUAAUUUGGGACUAUAAAACCGUUCAUGUCAUGAAGAAUUUUCUAUGCCUGAGUGCAUACUAUCUUGUUAUUGAUAUAGGAGGUUCUCCACCAAAAGACUCCAAAUGGAAAGAUCUACCUGGUAAAGCCUUUGUAGAGAACUUGGUGGCGAUCAGAAAAGCUUCCAGUACUACUAUAGUUGUUCUGUUUUGUUGGGGUUUUGUCAGACCAUUGUAAGAGAACAAAAACUUUCUCCAAGCCCUUUCAGAAACUUAUACCAAACCUGAAAAGUCCCAAUGGCACAGUAAGAUCUUUGAAUCCUUGAUACGUACAUGGAUGCGUAAGUGGAGAUCUGGAGGUCUCAAAGGUGAUGCAAACACGGUGCAGAAUCACUGGUGGAGAUGUGGUGGGAUCAGAACUUGCAAUGCUCCCCCUGAAUGUGAAGAGUAAGGAAUGGCAGCAACGCCCUCUCAUUGGUUCCCAAGUUCAUGUAUCAAAUCAAGUGGAUGAUCUCACCACCACCCCGUAAGACUUCAUGUUUCACCCAGAACUGUUGGCAUGUCCAGUUCUUCGGUCUCUAAACUGUAAGCAUAUGAAAGAUGUUUCCCAAUAUCUGUUGUGCUCAAAAGGCAUCUUUAGCAAGACCUACAAUUUUGCUGAAUAGAAAAUUAGCUUACUUGAUGUCAGGUCAAGUAAACAUUAUCUUAGUGAACUUAAUGAAUUUUUUUUUUUUUAGUUAUGAUUCUUCAAUUUCAAGGAAUCUGAAAGUCUUUCGGCUCUUCGAGAUGAGGCUACCACCCAUGCUUGAAACCCUUGAGAUCCAAGGCUGUCCCAUUCUUGAGUCCCUGCCAGAGGGAAUGAUGCAAAAUAAUACUACUCUCCAAAGCUUGUCUAUCAUGCAUUGUGAUUCUCUAAGGUCCCUCCCCGGUAUCAAUUCAUUGAAAACACUUUUAAUUGAAUGGUGUAAGAAAUUGGAGUUAUCUUUGGCUGAGGAUAUGACACACAACCACUGUGCUUCCCUUACAACUUUAUAUAUAGGAAAUAGUUGCGAUUCUCUCACUUCCUUUCCAUUAGCCUUCUUCACAAAGUUUGAGACACUUGAUAUUUGGGGUUGUACAAACCUGGAGUCCCUUUACAUUCCAGAUGGAUUCCACCAUGUGGAUCUCACAUCUCUCCAGAGCUUGUAUAUCUAUUAUUGUGCUAAUCUGGUAUCUUUUCCACAAGGAGGAUUACCCACUCCCAACCCCAAAUCACUUCUAAUCAGCUCGUCCAAGAAGUUCAGGUUACUGCCCCAAGGGAUGCACACCCUCCUUACAUCCCUUCAACAUUUGCAUAUAUCUAAUUGUCCAGAAAUUGAUUCGUUUCCCCAAGGGGGUUUACCCUCUAAUCUAUCUUCCCUUCACAUCUGGAAUUGCAACAAAACUUGUGGCCUGCCGGAUGGAGUGGGGCUUGCAAACACUUCCCUUUCAUAGAAGCUUGUGGAUUGGAGGACAUAAAGAAGAAAGAUUGGAGUCAUUUCCUGAGGAGCAAUUUCUGCCCUCCACUCUCACCUCUCUUACAAUUGGGGCUUUUCCAAAUCUUAAAUCCUUGGACAAUAAGGGGCUUCAGUAUCUCAUCUCUCUUGAAACUCUGUAUAUUUUGAAUUGUGAGAAGCUCAAGUCCUUCCCAAAACAUGGGCUGCCCUCCUCCCUUUCUCGUCUUAAUAUUAGUAAGCGUCUGCUGCUAAAGAAGAGGUGCCAAAGGGAUAAAGGGAAAGAAUGGCCCAAGAUUUGUCACAUCCCCUGCAUAGUGAUUGAAGAAGAGUUCAUUUUGUCAUGAGGGCCUUGCAGCAUCCAAGCUCUUGCUUUCUCUGCAAUUAUUGAUUCAGGCUCGAUCUAGUGUAGUACCCACUUGUUGGCUACAAGAAUAGCUUUCAGUAUCACUAUAGCUGUUCUAUUUUGCUGGGGUUGUCUCGGACCAUGUGCUGUAAGAGAACAAUAACUUUCUCGAAGCCCUUUCAGAAGCUUAUAAUAAACCUGAAAAGUUCCCAUGGCACAGUAAGACAUUCGAAUCCUUGAUGCCUACAUGGAUGAGUAAGUGGAGAUUUGGAGGUCUCAAAGGUGAAGCAAACACAGGCAGAAUCACUAAUGUGGUGGGAGCAGAACGUGCAAUGCUACAGCUAAUUAUGAAGAGUAAGAAAUGGCAGCAAAGUCCUCUCCUUGGUUACCAAGUUCAUAUAUCAAAUCAACUGGGUGAUCUCACCUCCACACUGGCAGACUUCUUGUUUCACCCAGAAGGUUUCUCUUACUAUUGGUAUCAGAACUGUGUACAUGUCCAGUUCUUCGGUCUCUUAACUGUAAGCAUACGAACAAUGUUUCUCAAUAUCUGUUGUGCUCAAAAGGCAUCUUAUGCAAGUCCUACAAUUUUGCCGCUUACAAAGUGAGUUUCUUCUUCAUGAGGAAUGAGAUAUUUGAAAGUUGUACUGCUUUUACUUGAAUUCAAUGGAAUAAAUAACAUUUUUUUCCCUUCCCCUGCA